AUGGAAGCAACAUCGAUCGAACGGCCAGCCUCGCAGAGGCACCGGUCAGUAGCUUGUUCAGAGUGUCGCCAGCACAAGCUGAAAUGCGAUGCGCAUCAAGACUAUUCCAAGCCAUGUUCUCGUUGUCGGCGCAGGAGUCUAGAGUGCAAGAUAUUGGGAGACUACAAGAGAAUCAAGAAACCAACGAAGGCUGAGCUAGUUCGCGAAAUCGAGCGCAUUCGUAAAGAAGUCAAUCCGACGACAGCAUCAGAUGUGCGACCAUUAGAACAUGACUCGACGCUUCAGGGCCAGACGAAUCAUGGUUCCAAAUCCACCACCCCAUACAAUAUCGCAGCGGCCCUGAGCGAGAUUCCUUACAGUCCAGCUUCUUCCGUCUCGACAGAGUACCAGCACAACUUGCAACAGGAUGCUAUCUUGGACCUGCAGGGUCAAAGCAGAACGAUUGACGGUGUAACGAUCGCCUCAGAAAAGAUCAAUGACUGCUUCAAUAUCUUCGCUACCCACUACUCACCUCAAGUACCAAUUGUCGAACAGCCGAUGUUAUUGGAUGCCACAUUUGAAAAAUCGCCCUUGCUCUUCUGGACAAUUGUCACCUUAGGAUCGCGAAAGUACAGUCAGGAUCCGACUGUAUUCCAUCAACUUUCUCAUCGAAUGGCUACUCUGGCAUUUCAGAGCUUGAAAUCGCGGCAAUCACCCAUCCAAACUGUUCAGGCGCUUGUUCUUUUGUGCGCUUGGCCGCUUCCUGUGAAACACCUACUUAAUGAUAAGAUUCACACUUUGGCCGGUGCCUGUAUGCAGCUUGCUCUCCAGAUCGGGCUACACGUUUCUGGUGUCGGGCAAGACUUUGCUAGGGAGCGUGUGCAGGCUCAAGUGUCGGAGCAAAAUUACAGGGCUCUGCUGUGGCGAUAUUGCACCAUAGUUUGCCAAAGUGCCAGUAUCGGCGACGGCCUACCUCCAAGCAUGAUCGUCGAGGCUUUUAAUCCGGAUUGGGUGGAUCAGAACACCAUGAGUCCAGAUUUCAAUCAACUGGCUCUCAGGACCAAGCUUCACCAUAUUCAGAGUUCCGCCAUUUCCAAAGUCGUACCAUAUAUCAUGGCCCCGGCCGAUGAUGCGAGUCUUGAAGGAAUCAUUGAGAUCUUUGAUUCUCAAGCACGAAUGCUUCAGUCACAGCUGCAGGACGACAUAGAUAUGUUGACGAUGUACUGCGUCCGUUUGCACAUAUGUGUCUCUCGAUUCAUGGUCAGACAGCCUGUAUCGAUGACUGGACUCAUCGAGCUCUAUGGCAUAGCCAUCAACUUAAUCGAGAAAUAUUCGUCGAUGGACGCAGCCUCGGACCUUGCACUGUACUCAACAUUCUACCUUUCCCGUGCGCUUGGGCUUGCUGCGUUUGUGGUACUCAAGCUCCACCACUCGCCACAGCAUCUAGUCAUCGAUCGCGAAAGAGGGGAGCGCUGCUACUUUAGCGUCAUCAGGCUAUGUCGUCGAAGGUCCUUGGAUACCCCGGAUCUGGACUCGAGGCUUGCAACAAUUUUGACUGAGCUGUGGUCCAGCUCAAUGGUCUUUCGCGGCCCUGACGGAAUUUUCGAUGCUCUCAAUGUGAGAAUUCGAAGCCGUCUGACAAUGAGCGUAUUCUUCGAUUGUCUCUGGUGGUGGAGACAGGAGUUUCGAGGCCAGCCAGAUCCAUUUGUCUCACAACCGUCGGCCGUCAGACAGACAGCUGCGGAUAGUUUGACACAACUAGUCGACCCAUUUAUGGUGUUUUCAGACGGCUUAGACUACGAUGAAAACUACUUCGGGAUGUAUGGGACAUACCACGCUACGUUGCCAUACUCAUAG